CUCCGCCUCAACCCCGCUGACUGUCUGGACCGCGGGUUCUGGUCAGUGGUCGGGCGUGAUCCCCGGACUCCGCGUCCUGCUGGCGCGCUGGAGCGGGUUUACCUGAGGUCACUGCAGCUCUGGAGCGUUGCGACUGCUAUUGCUCUUUGUUUGUUGAGUUUGUGAAGCGCGUGCUCCGCAGAUAAAGUUCGGGUUUGUCUGGGGACGAUCCGGUUGCGCUGGUUUGUGUCUGCGUCGUUGUUCUGCAGAGAAAACCAGUGUCUCACGCGAGGUUUGUUGUAACAGCCCCAGAUGUAGCGCGAAGCCGAUGGUGUGUUCGGAUGCGUGGGAAAUCUCAGUGUCGCUCACAGGACGGAAUCUGUUGCAACGCUUUGUUUGCUCCAACUGAACUUCCUGUUACCCCCGGGGGCGUGGUCUGUUGGGGGGGUGGCUGCCCCUCCGCAGUGGGAGCCCCUUCCCCCAGCUCUGAUUCCUGAACCUGAUGAACCUGGCUGCUCCAUCAGGCAGCUGGGUGGUGACGUCAUCAGCGGUCCUGACAGCGCCUCCGUGAUGACGUCAACCGUGGCUGCUUCCGGUACUUUCCUCAUGAUCAACUUCGUCUCCUCCUGUGCAGACAGCUGAGCGCCAUCAUGGAAGCCAAGUCUCGCGUGGAGCACCAUGACCUGGAGGCGGCAGAAGCACUGGUCAGCAUGAGCUUCUGGGGUCAAGGUUCGCUCAAGUCCCGCCCUCUGACCCCGACCUCGGACUCCUGUGACUCCCUCCAAAUGCAGCCCGAGACCAGGGACUCACCGAAGGACCUGAUGUCCAUGUCCUCUCUGUGCAUGACUCCUCCUCACAGCCCGAGCUUCACGGAGACCAGGGCGGGCGCAGCACCGCUCCCCACCACUGCAGACCUGCUGCUCGGCCCAACAGAGACCUCGCAGUUGACCCAUCAGCCCGGGGCUUCCGGCGGCCGGGCCAUGGCCACCAGCGUGAUCCGCCACACAGGAGACAGUCUGGGGGCUCCCUGGAGAGCCGCUGCUGCGCAGGACUCACUGGACAGCGCCGCCUCCUCCUGUCUGACUCCCCCUCACUCCUCACCCCCAUCUUCCUCCCCGACACCCCCCCUCUCUCCGUUGCUGUGUCAGGUGUUCCCCGUGGGCCAGAGCGGAAUGAUCUCUGCACUAGUUCACGCUCCAGUUCAGGUCCAGGGGGCCACAAAGUCCCUCCUGUCUCAGCCGGCUCCCCCGCUGCUGAUGGGUUCCGCCAUGCCUCAGGGGACGGUGAUGCUGGUGGUCCCUCAGACGGCCGUGAGCCAAAACCUGACCCUGGGCAGCACCAAGCUCCUCCCCCUGGCACCAGCGCCCGUCUACCUGCCCUCCGGAGCCGGCGGCGCGCUGAUCUCGCAGGCCGACUUCUCUCGACGACGCAACUACUUGUGCACCUUCCCGGGCUGCAAGAAGACGUACUUCAAGAGCUCGCACCUGAAAGCCCACCUGCGCACGCACACAGGGGAGAAGCCCUUCAGCUGCCACUGGGACGGCUGUGACAAGAGGUUCGCGCGCUCGGAUGAGCUGUCGCGCCACCGCCGCACACACACCGGCGAGAAGAAGUUUGUGUGCGGCGUGUGCGACCGUCGCUUCAUGCGCAGCGACCACUUGACCAAACACACUCGACGUCACAUGAACACCAAGAGGGCGUCGUCAUGGCCGGUGGAGACGUUGAACAAAGGGGCCCCGCUCAAGGACCACACCUCCGAAUAAUAUUCAGGCUCCAACUCAGGACACCAGGAGGCGCCAACCGCCGCUGAACAGGACAGUCUUUUGACCAGUCUGGCCGUUGCUCCUGGAAACAGUUUUUGUUGUCAUUGAUGUUUUUCGUUUUGAGGUUUUUCCGAGGUUUACAUCCGCACCAGCGCCUCCUCAGGCUCAGACAGUCAUUACACUCCAAAUAAGAGCGAACUCACCGCGUGGUGCCACUCCAUGUUUCCGGCGCAGUGUCGGUGUUAUCAGGCUGCUGCGGUGUGGGCCCAGCCUCCUCAGCUGCUCAGAGCACGUUUUCAAAUGGGACAGCAUCUUCUGUCACUCAAGUCCAGCGAGAGUCUUGUGGCCGGAGCUGGGAGCUACCACCAGCAGAGGGCGACGAUCCCGCCUUGCUCAGGACUUUUUACUCACGUGACCACAAUCGUCCAGGCGCCGUUGCCUGGCGACGGGCUGCUACGCCAUGCUCAUCCUCACAACACAACCUGACGUCAUCUGACGUGUUGUAAAUCCUCUUUUGUACGUUCUCCAUGUUUACUUCCUGAACACACCUUUGCCAACGGACGCACUUUUUCAUUUGCCAAAGCCUCGCGCCCAUGCUUCUGUCGUUGGCCUCCUUCUGUUUGGAUGUAAAUACUGUACAUAGGUCGAUAUCUAUAUAUGAAUGUUACACGUGUUACUGCAUCUGUUUGGACAGUCCUCACUGUGAUACUACAUGCGCUCUGCUUUACUGUCAUGGCGGGGAUUAUUUAAGUGUUUUGCCCUCAGCAUUGCCAGUAAGACGAUACCUCAUGUGAUUAAAGUACUUUCUGAACUCUCACGCUGGAUGAGACGCGUCAGACGCUCCAUGUUUAUGCCACGACUCGGACGCCCGGCUGGACAACAGCGCAGCCUCUCACGUGACGGU